CAAAUCCCACCUGCUUCGCCUGAAAUCCCUCUCUCUCCCCCCCGUCUCUGCAAAUGCUGCUGGUGGGUCAGUCUCAGGUCGUCUCUAAGUCCUUCCCUCUACUUCCGCCGCUGUUGCCGGCUUCUCCGGUGUCAUGUUCUCUUCGUUUCUCUUCUCCGGCGCGAAGCAGUAACCUCGCUCUCUUAUUUUCCUCUGCUAGCUUUAGCCGUGGCCGAAUCCCCUUGUCGAUGGCCCCGAAGUCGAAAAGUCCCGACCUUAUCGGCGCCGUCUCAUCGGCACUCGGCGGAACCGAUCUUGAUCUCUUUGCUGAAGUCGGAAAUUUGCUCGCCGACGCCGCCGGUGAGGUUAUCAGAAAGUAUUUCCGGAAGAAGUUCGACAUUGUCGACAAAGAUGAUAUGAGUCCAGUCACUAUCGCAGAUCAAAUGGCUGAAGAGGCAAUGGCGUCAAUCAUAUUGCAGAAUUUUCCUUCUCAUGCCAUUUAUGGAGAGGAAAAGGGUUGGAGGUGCAAAGAGGAAUCUGCAGACUAUGUCUGGGUUUUGGAUCCAAUUGAUGGAACAAAGAGCUUUAUCACAGGGAAACCUUUGUUUGGUACUUUGAUCUCUCUGCUGUACAAAGGUAAACCGAUUCUUGGUAUAAUUGAUCAGCCUAUUCUAAAAGAAAGAUGGGUCGGAAUAAGCGGAAGAAUAACUAAGUUGAACGGUGAAGAGGUCUCAACCCGAUCUUGUGAUAAAUUAUCACAAGCAUAUUUGUACACCACUAGCCCACAUCUUUUCAAUGGAGAGGCAGAAAAAGCAUUUGCUCGCGUUAGAGAUAAGGUGAAGGUGCCGUUAUAUGGAUGUGAUUGUUACGCUUAUGCUCUUCUGGCUUCUGGUUAUGUUGAUCUCGUGAUUGAAUCUGGCUUAAAGCCAUACGAUUUCCUGGCUCUGGUACCCGUAAUAGAAGGCUCUGGAGGUACCAUAACCGAUUGGAGCGGGAAUGCACUUUUGUGGGAAGCUUCAUCUCGUUCUCGAGCUACAAGCUUUAACGUAGCGGCUGCAGGAGAUGCAAAGACUCAUCAGCAAGCUUUAGAAUCACUGGAAUGGAGGUGAAAAGCCUUUGUUAGACCAAAAGUUAACUGGGCCGGUUUUUUUGUUUCAGCUGUUACAAUUACUCGUCUAUUUAUCUUAGCUUGGAAAAGAGUUUAUGGGUUGAGCCUAAUAAAUGGUUAUUAGCUUCCAUUAAGAACACUUCUUGCCUGUUCAGUAGAAAACAUAAACUUGUGUGGAUCUGGGUUGGGUACAUCAAUGCUGUCAAAAUCUACUUUCAGUGAUGAUGAUGAUGAUGAUGAUG